AUGCCUUCCAUCAAAUCCACCGUUGCUCUCCUACUCGCCGCUGCUGGCGGCGCAGCCAGCCGCGAAAUCUUUGUAUCGCCCACUGGCAGCGGUUCUGGAACCCUCACUGCGCCUUUCGGAUCCAUCCAGUCGGCCGUCAAUGCUGCAGCUGCUGGCGACACCAUCUACUUGCGCGCCGGCACGUAUGCGCCGUCGAAAAACAUCCAGUUCUCGAAGAGUGGUACCAGGACGGCACCCAUUACGGUGAAGCCCUACAAUAAGGAAAAGGUCAUCAUCAACGGAGAGAACCUCCCCGGCACCCCCAAGGCCUUGGAUGAAGCUCUCCCCAACGGAGAGCGAGGCAUCUUCCACAUCCAGAAUGCCAACUACUGGGCCUUUUAUGAUCUGGAGAUGAUCAAUGGACCUUACGGCAUCUACGCCCGUGAUGCAUCUCACAAUUUCUACAAAGGUCUCUCGACCCACGAUAACUAUGAGACUGGUUUCCAGCUUGAAGGUGCCUCGUCCAAUAACACCGUAGAGAACCUUGACUCGUAUCGCAACCGCGAUCCCCGCAAGAACGGAGAGAGUGCCGACGGCUUCGCUUGCAAAUCGGGCAAGGGAACGGGCAACGUCCUGAGAAACGCGAGACUAUACGAGAACGUCGAUGACGGACUGGACCUUUUCAUGUUCGAAUCGCCUAUCACUCUCGAGGAGGUUUACGCUUGGGGUAACGGAGUCAACCGAUGGGGAUUUUCUCCCUUCGAGGGCGACGGCAACGGUUUCAAGCUGGGCAUCACCAACAACCCCCCCGCCAACCAUAUUGUGCGCAACUGCAUCGCCUUCAGCAACCUGAAGAAGGGUUUCAUCGACAACGGCAACCCUGGAUCCCUCACCUUCACCCGUAACACGGCCUGGAAGAAUGGCGACGUGGGUUUCAACAUGCGCAGCUCUUCGUCGUCCAUGAAGGGUAAUAUCGCCGUCUCCAACACCGGUAGCCAAGUCUCCCUCGUCAGCUCUGUGACGGCUUCGGGCAACUCGUGGAACUCUGGUUCCUGGAGCGACUCGUCUUUCAAGAGCACUGAUGCCAGCAAGCUGAAGGGAGCACGUGGUUCUGACGGACGAGUCCAGGCAAGUGAUUUCUUGAUUCCUAGCUCUGGUCAGGCAAUUGGAGCCACCACUCGGAGUAAAAUCUGA